AUGUCCCUGUCUGUCAGUGGAUUUCCUAUUACUACUGCAGUCACCAUACCCUGGUUUGUUGGAGAAGUGAGAGGGUAUUCUUUGUUAUAUGAUGACGUGGAAAAGUAUGGAUGGUGGUAUUUGAUAGCAAGCGUGCCGAUGUUCUUGCUCUUUACCGAUUUUUGUAUUUACUGGAUUCACCGAUGGUUGCAUCAUCCAUUGAUUUACAAGCAUUUGCACAAGAAAUAUAUGUAUCUCGGGCUGUUUGUGUUUGUUAACAUUUGGACUAUCCUAAUACACGAUGGCGCCUACUUGACAUCGAACCCACUAAUAAACGGGGCGGCUCAUCAUACUUUACACCAUCUCUACUUUAAUUACAACUAUGGACAAUAUUUCACAUUAUGGGAUAGAGUUGGCGGUACUCACAGACUUCCAGGAGACGAACAGUAUAAACUGAAGAAAAAUAAUAUGAUCUGGGAGAAGCAAGCGCGAGAGGUAGAUGCAUUUGAUGAGAACGGCAAGGAAAAGGUCAAAACCAAUUAG